UUUUUUUUCUCUCUCUCUCUGUAAAUUUAAAUGCCAGCAGACCUCAAUUAACACAGGGAGACGUUGAAAAAACAUCACUGACUGUCUGAGAAUAUUAAAACUGAAAUAUGGCCUGUUUGUUUGGAUCAUGAGAGCCCCUAUUUACCCAAAGAUCAUACCCAGUUUUGACUGUUUUUAACUCUUAAAGUUCGAGUGAAUCAGACCCACAUUUAAGUUCAAUUAGCCGUUUCAUUAAUGAGCCUUCAGUCUCAGUUCGGCCCUCUAAUCUGACCCUCUCGUCCCAUUAUACGGACGAUUUGGCCAACUGGAUCACACAUGAAAACAACAGGCUGCUCGGUGGUGGCGAUGAACUGGAGGUCAUGCACUGAUGCGUUCAAGUGCGGUCAGGAAUUUCAAACACUUUGAAGGAAAAGACAGUUUGUUAAAAUUGUUGUAAUUUCCGAGUCUUUUAAACACAAACUAGGUGAAGAAUUAUCUUUUAACAUGUGAAACAGUACUACUAUAUGCUUUAAAAGUGUAUUUUUUAUUACUUUAGAUUGAGUUAGAGUUUAUUUAACUGCAUAUUUGGAUGAUUUAGUGACUCAGUCUGUGGUGUUACUGCCCUCUACUGCAUCCAAUACAAGGAUUUCUCCUUUAUUUGGCGUUUAUCACAUUAUUACUGUUGAAAAACGUCCCUGAAGGAGCGGUCAAAGGCAGAACCUGGUGAGUCGGAGGUUUAUUUGUCAAACAACAAUGCUGCCAUCUUGUGACAAAAUGAAGAAAAGCAGGAUGACCCUUCGCUCACGCCUUGAUACCGGUAUUUGGACAUUUUCAUACUGGUAUAAACAGAUCAGGAGAGCCAUAGAGACGCCAAAUAUCUGACAAAACUGGAAAUAGGUGAGAGAAAAUCAGACUUAAGGAGUUCCUCAUCCUGAUUAAAACCAUCAUUAUCAUUUAGAUAACAAGAGGACGAAGGAAGCGGCCUGUUUCCCGUCUAUCAUUAGCUCUGCUUAUGCUGGUUUUAGGCAGCUGUCCAGAAAUUUUCCAUGUUUCCCAUCUCCAACAAAAAAAAAAGAGUUCACAGCUGCUUUCACUUCAUGGAAACGGGAGGUCCAAGUUCGACUCUGCACACCGAGUACAAAAGGAAACAGCCACCUCUGCUCGCUUCUGUUUGAAGGGUCAGAGGAGGUUUUUUAAAGCAUGUAAAUGUAAGAAAAUAUGUGACCUAGUUUUCUCAGGAGGAAAGAGUCGCCGUCUUCUACACCAGUGAGUACACACUCGUUUGUUUUCUCACAGCAUGUUUUUUUAAUCAUAAAUCUGCUGCUGGAUUUGCUUUAUCUGGACUUUUUAAAGAAAGUUUAUCAAGUUUGAAGAAACAUUCAUUCUAGGAAGCUUUUAAGUUACUGGUUUGGCACCUUAACCAAACUCCUGACAGCAGCAGUUACUCUUUACUCUGCAGAGAGGUGAUACUCGUCUACACCUAAGGGGUCAUGCAGCUCUUCUCUUUGUUUAGUCUGUGAGUUAUACAACUUCUGCACGACAGGUAAGGCAGUUUAUAACGUCCUGUUGGGUUCGCAUGUUCUGUUUCAGUAUAAACCAGAUUUAAUCAACACCAUUGUAAGUGAUCUGAGUUGGCACCGUGUGGUUUUAAGUUGAGACCCGGCAGAGGGAGACAAGGAGAAGUUGUGUUGCAGCUUUAUUUCUCUCACAGCUGUGAGGGAAAGUAUUUGCACUCUGUACUCAAUCAGUUUAUCUUCCCCUUACACAACACAGGAUUGCCUCACAGCGGCUCUCCCAGCUCAGUGCGGCUUUAACUCCGUGCUGAGAGGAGGUAAAAGUUCCCCCUCUGUUCCUGCAGUCAUGUAUCUGUACCUCCUGGGGUUGGUUGUCUUCUACUACCUGUACCGCUGGGUCAAGGAGCUGCCCAGGGUCCCGGACAAGGGCAGCAAGCAUGUUUACAUCACGGGCUGCGACAGCGGCUUCGGGAACCUCCUGGCCCGCCAUCUGGACAAGCAGGGGUUCAGAGUCAUCGCUGCUUGUUUCACCGAGAAAGGGGAAGAGGAUCUGAAGAAAUCCUGCUCCAGCAACUUGACGACGACGCACUUGGAUGUCAGGUCGAAGGAAAGCAUCGCCAAAGUCGCAGGGAUGAUCAAGGACAAAGUUGGGGAACGGGGUGAGUUGUGGACUUUAAAUCUGACUUAAACUUCAGGGAUGAUGAUCACAAGAUUUCAGUAGAUCACUGAAGAUGAAGUUCAAGAAGUUGAGUUACCUCUCUGUGUGCCAAAUGUCUGAUUUUGAACCUACUAACCUCCAAACUGGACUCUAGUAUCAGGGUCAAAGUGCUGCUUUAGUGUCGGCUUGUUUGGCUAACUGGAUACCCUCCAUGUUCCCUCUAAGGUUUGUGGGCUGUGGUGAACAACGCCGGCGUGUCCGUCCCCUCCGCCCCCAACGACUGGCUCACCAUCGACGACUUCAAAUACAUGCUGGAUGUGAACCUGAACGGAGUGAUCGCCGUGACCCUGAGCGUCCUUCCUCUCAUCAAGAAGGCCAGGGGACGGGUGGUGAACGUCGCCAGCGUGUUCGGGAGGAUCAGCGUAGUAGGGGGUCCAUACACCGUCUCCAAGUAUGGCGUGGAGGCUUUCAACGACAGUCUGAGGUAAAACAUUAACCCAGAAAAUUAAUUAUUUGUUAGUAUGUGAAGGUUUUGCACUUUGCACUCAAACAGUGAUAAAACAAUUGGGACUUAGGUUAAAUAUGGAGCCGUUUGGCGUGAGAGUCCUCUGCAUCGAGCCGGGGUUCUUCAAAACUAACGUGACGGACGUCGGCAUCCUGAGCAACAACGUCAAAAGUCUGUGGGAGAAACUGCCCCAGGAGGUCAAAGACGACUACGGGCCUGAAUAUCUGCAAAAAUGUAAGACUCAAACAUUUAUUCGCUUUAUUUUGGGUUUGAUUCACUUCAUCUGCACGUCAACGCAUCUAAAUGUCCUUAUUUUGCUUCCAGCAUUAGACGUUAUAUCCAACAAAGUCGCCAAGAUCAGCGAUGGAGACCUGAUGAAGGUGGUGAGCUGUAUGGAGCACGCCGUGUCCGCCGUCCGACCACGCACUCGUUACUCUCCGGGCUGGGACGCCAAGCUCUUCUGGCUGCCGCUCUCGUACAUGCCGUCCUGCGUCAGUGAUUACCUCAUGGGCAAAGAGGCCAUACCUAUCGCCAAACCACGACAGUAGAUUCAUGAAUCGAAGCGCGCUGAUUUGAUGCAGUAAAACAAACGCCAUCACAGCGGAGUUUUACACUUUUGUAACCAACAUUAAAAACAGUUUGUUUGAAGAAGUCUGUUUGUGUCCCCUCUCUAAAUAAACGGGUAAAUCGUGGCUCUUUUUCAGCUAAUCUUAUCCGCAGGCUCAAUCUGUUCUCGGCCAUGAGGAGAGCAGUGUGUGAAAGGUAAAGUGAUAAACUCGAUCCAGACUGGACUUUGUCAAACGAGUGUUUCGCCCCAAUUCUAAGUCGGUUUUCAAGACAAAGUGUUUUUGUUUUGUGGGACCAAAGAGACGGUUUCUAGGGAUCUGAACCUUAGAAACCUGGACCUACUCAGCCCAACAGAACAUUCGUCUCAGAUUUAGUGAAUGACUCAUGCUGGGUUUUCUUCGGCUCUAUUUUCAGACCACGACUCUUCCAUGUGUACACACUUCUUCUCUCACACAUCACUCAUGAGCACAAAUUAGAUGAUUAACAGCUUUACAUAUCAUUAUCGCAACAUCAUCAUCAUCAUCAUCAACAUCAAAUCCCUCGUUUUUUCCUCUAUAAUCUAAAAAAUGUCUUAAAACUCAGUGGUUUAUUUUUAUCAAAUGCUGAAAAUUAACACAUAUAAAACGACAAGAUGACUGUUUUUCUUGUCCCAUGUGUUUUAAGUGUGAAGCACAACACCCUUAUACCAUUACUGAUGCUAACUUUUGAACUCUAUACGAGUAACUAUCCUGGUGGUCCCUACUUUUUUAAGAUGUGGGGACUCAAAUGCACAUGAUAUGUUAAAUUUAGAUGUGUAAAUUGAUGGGAUCAGGCCAUAGGAAGCAUUUCUGGGUCAUUCACAGGUGGUUUUUAGACGGGAUUUUGAGCUAAUUGGAAUGACCUCCAUUACAAAGAUUAGUCUGUUUUUAAUUUAGUCAUGCCAAAGUUGGAAUAUAAGCCACCUAUGAUUGAUGUCCAGCCACGUCCCUCUUAAUACAGAGAUUUCUCCCCAGUUUCCUAAUCUUAGAAACUUUGUUUGUUUUUAGUUAUUUGUUUCUGUUUUUAAAUUUGUUUUUAAAAACAUUGAAACUAUAUUUUACUUUUAAUUCUGCUUUUAUUUUAUCCAUUGUUUUAAUUGUUUCUUGAUUGUUUUUUAUCUUGUUGUUUUGUCUAGUUAUGUACAGCACUUUGUUCAGCUGUGGUUGUUUUAAAGUGCUCUACAAAUAAAGUUGAGUUGAGUUGAGUUGAGUAUAAUACACUCUUUCAUCACCACCAGACUGGACUACUGCAAUAGCCUCUUCUACGGUCUCCCCUCCACUAGACUUCUCACCCGCACCCGCCCAUACAACCACAUCAUUCCCGUCCUCUGUCAAUUUCACUAGCUUCCUGUUGCCCACCAAAUUCAAUUCAAGAUCCUCCUCCUCACCUUUAAGUCCCUCCAUGACCUGGCCCCCGCCUACCUGUCUGACCUCACUGAACCGCCCCCUCCGCUCAGCUGACGCAAACCUCCUCUCACCCCGAACCAAAACCAAGCACUGUACUCUGGGGUACCGGGCCUUCAGUGUCUCCAUCCCCACCCUCUGGAACUCUCUCCCUAAAUACAUCCAUGAAUGCACGGACCUCAGCGGCUUCAAAUCUGCCCUCAAAACCCACUUUUUCACACUCGCUUUUAUUACAUGACCCCCCCAACUCACCAUUAUCCCACCCCUCACAUCUAAGAAUUAAUCUUUGCCUCAUUGUACUUUUGUUUUUUACUUUCUGUACCGUGUCUUUGAGCUCCUGUAAAAAGCGCUGUACAAAUAAAAUGUAUAAUUAUUAUUUAAAAGAA